UAGCGCCCAUUUUUUUGCGAGGUUAAUGCGAAUUUUGCAGCCGGCGUCGUCAAUUUUGAGAAUAAGUACAGUUCUAGGUCAUUAUUUAAAAAAUUGUUGAAUCAUGUCGAUUUCGACCUUUAACUUUGCGAGCAUGGCGGCACAAAUUACAGAAGAACAGGGCAUAUCAUUCCAGGACAAAGCUAAAACCUGGGACUCUGCAUCGGAUGUUCAGGAGGUGGUGGAUGCACUCAACAACCAGUCAUCGGUUCAUUUUCUGAACCUUGAUGGCAACACGCUGGGAGUGGAGGCAGCCAAAGCCAUUGGCGAGGCCCUGAAGCGUCAUCCGGAGUUCCGCAAGGCGCUGUGGAAGAAUCUGUUUACGCGCCGUCUUAAAUCAGAAAUUCCAGAGGCCUUGCAGCACCUUGGAGCCGGUCUGAUCGAAGCCAAAGCUAAACUGACGGUUUUGGAUCUGAGCGACAAUGCCCUUGGCCCCAAUGGCAUGCGCGGAUUGGAAGUAUUUCUGCGAUCGCCAGUCUGCUACUCGCUACAGGAGCUGCACCUCUACAACUGUGGCCUUGGCCCCGAGGGUGGUGCCAUGCUGUCCAAGGCUCUGAUCGACCUCCAUGGCAAUGCGAGAAAGGCAGGAACGCCGCUCCAGCUGCGUCUCUUUGUGGGCGGGCGUAAUCGCCUGGAGGAUGCUGGCGCAAAGGCCCUGGCCAAGGCAUUCGCCACUCUGAAAACGUUACAGGAGAUUGUCCUGCUGCAGAACUCGAUCUAUUUGGAAGGUGUUAAGGCUCUGGCCGACUCAUUCAAGGCGAACCCACAUCUGCGUGUGCUGAACAUGUACGACAACACCCUGAAGUCCAGGGGCGCUGAUGAAAUCGCAGAAGUGAUUAAAGGGCUGACAAUGCUGCGGGAGAUCCACUUUGGCGACUGCCUUAUAGGCACGAAUGGCGCCUAUCAAAUUGCCGAGGCUCUGGAGAACUCAAAUAACGACAUUGAGGUGAUUGAUCUGAGCUCCAACGAGAUCAACUCUGAUGGCGGCCUGGUGCUGGUUUCGGCCAUACAGAACAAACCCAAGCUGCGUGUUCUCAACAUUGAUGGAAAUUGCUUUGGCCAAGAGGGCUGUGCGCAGAUCAUUGAGCAGAUGUCCACGUACCCGAAUGCCGCUGCUCUGCAACCUUUCGAAGAGGAUGAGGACGAGAAUGACUCGCAGGAGUCCAGCGAGGAGGAGGAGGAAGAGGAGGAACAGGGUGAUGAGUACGAUGAUGGGAAUGACGAGUACGACGAGCAUGAGCACGCCAACGAUACGACCGAAGAGGCCGACGAAGAUGAAGAGGAGUAUGCUGAGGAGACCGCCUAUCUAACCACCAAUGCAUACACCACAAAGCUAUUCAACGAAUCGACAAACUCCAAGGCGAGCGACACCUUUGCCAUCGGCAACAAGCCGCCCAUUACGUUCUGCAACCCCGAACAGUUCUGCCUGAGCCAGACGCCCUGCUCUCUGCAACAAUUCGAGUCCCUCGACGAGGAGAACAAGCUGCAGGCCCUGCAGGGGAUUAUAAAUCAAUUCACCGAUGACAACCAUUUGCUGCUCCUCGUCUUUACCACCCUGAAGUGCGCGCAUUUGUCGCAACUAUCUCAGCCGGCUCUAGAGCUCGCCGUUUCCCUCUUCCAGGCCACCUUCGACUAUGCCGUAAAAACCAAGCAGGAGACCCGUGUCCUUAACUAUGUCCUGAAGCAGUUGGGCCUGUUGCGGAGCGAGGAGACCUUCAAGACGGACUACGAUGUGAAAAGUUGCCGCCACGCCCUGCGCGAGGCACUGCAGAAACCCGAGUUUGCUAAUGACAGCAUUAAGAAGUCAUUUAAACUAUAUCUCGAUAACGUCGAUGCAUAAACUUGUCCUAAAAUAAACCCUUCAAAUCAGUAUAUGUAAAUGUGAAAAUGUGUAAAAUUCCACUUCGUUGGUGAAGAAAAUAUAUGCGUGUAUGACGGC